AUGUUUAAUCUUGAUAAAGUUUCUCCGACAAGAUACGUAAUUUUUAACAGAGAACGUGGAUUUGCAAGACACGUUUCCAAUUAUGAUGAGCUUUUCAAAGAGUUAUCAAUCAAAUAUCCAAAUGUUACGUUUGAAAAAGGAAUUACAUACAAUAGAGUUAUAGAGUCGAUCAAAUACUUUAAUCAAAUCAAAAUGCUUGUUGGAGUUCACGGUUCUCAGUUUUCUAAUGUUAUUUUCAUGCAGCCUAAUACUUAUUAUAUUGAGAUUCAAAUGGAAUCUGAAAAAUUCCUUAUGAUGAGAAUUGCUGUAUUCACUGGGAAAAAAGUUAUUUUAGUUAAAGAUGGCAACAUCAAAUAUCGCGAAAUCGUUGAUAAUCUUGUUAAUACUAAAGUAGUUAUUGAAGGAAUUGAUUAUGCAUUUUCUGAUAUUGCUAGCGGAGAUAAGUUUUUCUCAUUUGGAUAA